GACGCCCACCUCUGGGGGUGGGAUGGAGGGAAGGGAGUCCGGGUAAGGGAGGCACUGGCCAGAUCAGAUCACAGGCAGGAUCGUUCUACUUGGCGGAUGCGGGGCAGAAAGGCUGGCGCCGAGGAGAGGUACUCGGACGCCCCAGCCCUGUCCCCAUUCUGCACCGUCUCUCAUCGCUCCCCCAGCCGCCCGGGCAAAGGAAGGGCUCCGGAGGGCAGAGCGUAAAGGAAGCACCUGGCCGGGCCGGGAAGCAAAGAGUGGGCCGUAGUGCGAGGGCCCGGGACAGAAGGCGGAGGCUGGAGUCUAGGGUCUGGCCGACCGAGCCCGUCGCCCGGCCCUGCUGCCACAUCCUCGCCCUAGCCCACCCUGGGCUCGGGGCAGGCUGCCCCGGCGGCGCCAACCGCGUCCCCGGCCCAGCCAGCUGCAACCAGCUGCGCCGCGCCAGCCCGCGCCCUCCUCAGCCAGUCCCUCCGCAGCUUCGCCCAAGACCCCGCCCCUCACGACUGCGCCGCAGGAGCAGGCGAGACGCGGGAGCUAGAGAGCCCGUAGCAGCAGCGCCGCACGGCCGGAAGUGCCUGAUUUGGGACGGAGCUGGAGCGACUAACUUCCGGUCCAGGUCUCCUAACCUCGAGCUGGUUCGCAGACCUUGUCGCAGCCGAGCCCAGCUGAUCAGCAUGAUCACGGACGUGCAACUCGCCAUCUUCGCCAACAUGUUGGGCGUGUCGCUCUUCCUGCUUGUCGUUCUCUAUCACUACGUGGCCGUCAACAACCCCAAGAAGCAGGAGUGAAAGUGGCGCUUUCUCCGCCCCAGGGUUCCAGGAUAUAGGCUGAGGCAAGAUGGAGGGUGAGGGGCCUUCACACUUCAUGUCAUCCCUUCUAACCAUCACAGCAUACAAAGCAACUACACCUGGAUUUUUCCAAACAACUUUUAUUUCCUCAAAGUCUUCCUUAACCCUAUGGAACAAGAAGCUGCCACUGAGUAGGGCCCAGUAUAGGGGCUGCUUUCUUUUCUACUCCCUCCCCCCAAUAUAAAAAUAUAGAUUUUUUUGUGUG